UCCAUUUAGCAGUCACAUGGCAGCCCAGCCUCACAAAGCCUCAGGUGGCUCUGUGGCAGAGCCUGUCUCCACAUUCCAGGACUGCAGGCCUGAAAACUCCCCACUAAGGUCCCACAGGCAUCACCCCACUCUUGGGGAAGAGAACUGGGGACAGAGAUAUUGAAUGACUUGCCGCUGGACACGCAUCUCUGGGACUCACAGGAAGAAGAAAGAAGCCUUUCCUUCCUUGGCAGAUGCCCAAGUAGUAAUGGGGUUCAAAUGCCUUCCUGACAACUCAGAUCCCCACGGGAGGGCCCUUGGGCGGAGAAUUAGCAAAGGCAGGAGGGUGAGUCUUAGUUCUCAGAAAUUCUUCACUUUCUGGCUAAGCCCCACCUAGGCCACCAGCUGCUUAUGGGGCCAGACCAGCAGCAGUUCCCCUCCAUUCCCCAGGGCCCCACCUGGCAACAGGUCACAAUGCCCCAGCUGCCCAGGCCCAGAAUGGCUCACCAAGGUGGGAGGAGGUGAGGAGGGUUUGGUGGGUGGGUAUGUGGGGAAGGGGACAUUCCCAAGGAGUCCAACUCCCCACUCUCUGAGCUCAACCUUGAGUGUCUGCCAGGGUGCCACCCACCUCCCACACUCCCACCUCCAUACUCCUUCUAGCAUUGCUCUUCUUAUCGCCUCCGCCUCCCUCCAUGACCCGCCUCCUCUUACCCAGGCCCAGAGCCCUUGCAGAUCCGAUGCCAGUUCCUCCUAGGGGCCUGGGUGCUGGGGAGGGGUCGGGUAGUCCAUUGCAUCCACGUGUGUCCCCCUGUGACCCUAGCCGGGCCCAGCUCCUGGACAGCGUCCUAGGGCUGGGGGCACUCGGGCUGACGAUUCGGGCAGUCUUUUCCAUGGCUGGUCCAACCCUGCUGCUGCUGCUGCUACUGGUCAGCUUCCUCGCCUUUGACCUCCUCCACAGGCCCGCAGGUCCCACCCUGCCACCGCAUAGACUUCUCACAAGGGGCCAGAGUCAGGGGGCCGGCGAGGGUCCGGGACAGCAGGAGGCUGUCCUCCCACCAGCGGGGACAGUCACUGGAGGACUCAGACUCCGGGAUGCACUGCUACUGCUGCUCAUGGGACUGGGGCUGCUCCUGGGAGCCCGCGGCAUGCCCGCAGCCCUGCUUGGUCUGGCUUUCUGCCUGCAUCCUUGGGCCUGAGUGCCCUUCCAAAAACACUGUGUGCCCUCCAAAAAUACAUUGGUCAUCUUCUUCC